AAAUGUGGCGUUGUAGCCUCCGUGUACUAGCACGGAGUAAUUGCCGCCCACCGCCCGCGUCUGCUCAGCUGGUUUAAAUUUGAAUCCGGCGAGCAAACCAAUAACUCUUCCCUCUUCAGUCUUCGCUCAGACUCCUCGCCAUUUGAGCCAUCUUCCGUUGAGACGUAUUCGAAUCCGGGAACGGAGGUUGGAGGUUACUGAGAACCAGUUCGACGAGGAGGCGCGCGCAGCCUGUUCGGCGGAAUGCUCGGGAGGAACGCCAUGCUCGGGCCGCCGCGCCGUGGCGAGGGGGAGACGUCCCGGCGUGGAGAGGGAAGCGAAGGCGACGGCAAUGGCGAGGGCGACGCGGUUGACCGGCUCAGCGCCCUCUCGGACGGGGUGCUGCACCACAUCAUGUCGUUCCUCAAGGCCUGGGAGGUGGUGCGCACCUGCGUGCUCUCGCGUCGCUGGCGCCACACCUGGGCGUCCGCGCCCUGCAUCGACCUCCGCGUCCGGUACAAUGACGUUGACAGCGAGCCGCCGGAGGAGCUGCGCGAUUUCGUGAACCGCCUCUUCCGCCGUAGGGAGGCGUCAGCGCCGGUGGACACGCUCCGCCUGCAGUCCAGCGACCCGGACGAGUUGUUUGACAACGACGAUGCCAACGCGUGGAUCCGGACUGCCAUCAACCGCAAUGCUCGAUUCAUUCAUCUCACUGGACACCGUACAGAGAUCGGGGUGUUAAAGCACAGGGCCUUGGUCUCUACCCACCUCAAGAUCUUGAAGCUGUCCUAUGUCCUGAUCGAUGACAAGAUCCUCAAGCAGCUUUCUUCAGGGUGCAAAUCUUUGGAAGAACUGGAUCUUAAGGACUGCGCGAUGACCGGCCAUGAGAUCUCAUCUGCUUCUUUGAAGAUUUUGAAGAUGGAUAAGUGCAAGAUUAAUGUGGACUUAUCAAUCACUGCUCCAAACCUCGUAUUGCUGAAUCUGAUCACACCUUACAUCCAAGUUCCAUCGUUCAAGAACUUGGAGUCGCUGGUGUCAUGCUCUGUCAUACUUGAUGACUUUUUCUUGGGUGAUGCUUAUGAACACAGUAGUGAUGAAGAUGAUAUUGAUGAAACCACUGAUGAAGAUGAUAUUGAUGAUCAGAAGAAGACUUACAAGACAGGGUAUGGAUUUGGUUUCCCUCAAAAAGGAUAUGGGCUUGCUGGUAACAAGGAUGAUUAUGGCUAUGGUAGUGAUAUUGAGAGUGAUGACAAUACCUAUGAAUAUAGUGAGAUUGCAAAAGAGUAUGGAGAUCAGCAGUAUGCCCAGAAUUCCAGUACCAUUGUUCAGGGAGUUGGGACAAGUCAGCAGACUAAAACUAUUUCUGGUGGCCAUAAUUUUCUUCACGGCCUUUCAAAUGCUAGAAGUUUGGAGCUGUUAGCUGGUGCUGGAGAGGUGGUUCUUUCUAGGGAGUUGAAAAGCUGCCCAAUUUUUAGCAACUUGAAGACCUUGUCCCUUGGUGAAUGGUGUAUGGCUGCUGAAUUCGAUACAUUAAUCUUCUUGCUACAGCGUUCACCUAAUUUGCAGAGGCUUUUCCUUAAACUUAAAUUGAACUUCAAUACUAGGAAGCCGUUGGAGAGCGGUGCUAAACCUAUGGGAAGAUCAUUUACUUGUAAAGACCUGCAAAUGGUGAAGAUCAGAUGCUCUAAGGAUGAUGUAAGAGUGCACACACUGGCAUGUUUGUUCAGAGCGAACGGUAUUCCCAUUGAGAAGAUUUAUGUCCGUCGGACUGGGAGUUCUUACCUCCGUGGCGAGAAGUUUAUGAGAGACCUAGGCAAACAUGAACUGGAGUUCUGGGGGUCAGAUUCAGAGUUCUGUGGUCCAAAUUCCGAGUUCUGUGGUUCAGAUUCAGAGUUUGAGGAUUCAGAUAUGGAGUUCUGAUGCAACAUUGGACUAGCUAUCGUUUAUCAUAUCUUCUACUCAUAUUAUUAGUUAUUAUCUUUGGAUUGCAACCAUCUCUAAUUAAUGUACUACUUAGAAAAUGCUCUGACGGCAAGAACCCAUUAAGUACCGAGUUGCAGGGCCGUGACAGAUGUUGUUAUGUGUCUUUUGCGUAAUAGGGAACUAUGUAUGGCUAUCCAAAUACUGAAAUGCUCUUAUCCAGUGCAAUGAGUUAACAGUGAAAAUGUUUUGAAGUUUUUUUUUUAUAUAUAUAUACUAUAAACGUGCA